AUGCUUUCCGCCGCCCUCAUCAAGGAGCUUGAGAAGAGACUGGGCGUCAACGUGGGCGAGAACGACGAGGAGAUCAAGCUGAACCAGGUCUUGGUGGGGAUCGCCCAGGAGAAUUCGUACGCCAACGACCAGGAGGCCCAGCAGAGGUUGGAUGACGAGGUGAGGCUGAUUGAAAAGGCGCUGCAGAAGUUCAGCGGGCUCAACGUCAUCAAGAGCAAGGGGCUGCAGCUGAGACUGGGCAAGUUCGGCUCGCUCACUUCCGGGUUCGCCGGAGUGGACGCCGACCUCGACCUCACCAUCCUGACCAACUGCUACAUCAACGAGAUCGAGUUCCUGCGGUUGUUGCACGAGUUCCUCAAGAAGGAGUACAAGUUGGAGGAGUCCAACCGGGGCGGCGGGCGCAGGAUCACCGUCGAGCUCAUCUCGCAGGCCAAGACUCCGCUCAUCCAGCUCACCAUCGGAGAGCGCGGACGCAUCGACCUCAAGAUCGACAUCAUCGUCAACAACAUCCUCGGAGUCAUCAACUCCAAGUUCCUCAGCGUCUACUCACAGGUGCGCUGGAUCAAGAACUUGGGCCUCCUGGCUAAGUUGUGGGGCAAGGCCAAGAACCUCAUCGGCAAGAACGCUCUCUCCUCCUACGCGAUGGUCCUCAUGCUCAUCCACUACCUCAUCAAGUCCCGCCGUGCCCGCCCGAUCAUGGACCACAGGGUCACUGCCAACAAGCCCUACUUUGACUUCAAGCGCAUGAAGCAGUCCGAGCCUGAGCAGUUCAAGGUGUACUACACUUUCAAGGACGACCCCAAGGAGGCCAGUAUCGAGUAG